CAACUAUUAUCUACAGAUAAUAAAAUUAGAUGAAAGAUCCCCUCCCGUAGACUGGAAUGGGCUGAUCCAGACUCCCUGCUGGUAAGGUUGGUUAGCAGGUUAGGGGCAGACCAUUUGUGGAAGUAACAUGGAUUUAGCUUCACAUCUUAGAAAUACAUAGAUUUUCGUUUUUUUUAAAUUCAACAUUAUUUAGUCAUUUCAAUGGCUGUCAAGAAGCAUGAAUCAAUAAACAAAAUUGACUAAAAGUAUACAACUUCCCAAAUUGUACUGUACAGCAUGUUAGGUUACAAUAGCUAUUGACACUUCCCCAUCAAAUCCAUAUGUUAGGUAACUGUGCAUUAGGCACCUGUAGAGUCUACAGACUAAGGCUCAGCAUAACCCUGACUAUUGCCAGCACAUUUGGAGUUGUAUGACUGUCUGUGUUUGAUAUCAUUGGGAUGUUGCCACAGUUGUUGAUCCAUGGCUUGUCCCGGAGUACAGGACCAGUAUGGGGUGUAGUGUGAGCCAGACAUUCUAACUGUGAGCUGUCCAGAUGCUGGGGACUAGUCAACAGUCGGAUGUGUCGCAGGCCCAGGGAUAACAUACUUGGAACAUACUCACAGGAACGGCACCCUUGCCGAGAGCAAGGGCAGGAGCAGUCACUCUUACUUUUCUGGGCUGAAAACUACAUGUAACAUUGGAGCUUGACAGGAUUCUCAACGGAAAGGUUUAGCAAGUUGUCACAGUGCUUUGGAUUUACUUCUUGUUGAGGUGAAGUUCUUCACAGGUUUAUAGGAACCGGCAUGUUGUCACACAAGGAGGAAGCAGAGUCCUAGGAAAUGCCCUGUUUUGGGUCUGCCCUGAGACCUUGGGAUGGGAAUGUACGUGUGGCAGUGAUGGUGUGUUUGGUGCUGCGAUCUGUGUGCAUGGCGACGACAUCAAGCGUGCUGAAGUUUGAACCAUCGUCAGCAGUGAAAGCUAUCGGACUGUACCCCGUGUGUCCCCGAGGCUGCACCAGUUGUUCCACCAUUAACGGCUGCAUCACGUGCCGCCCGCGAUACUUCCUGUUCCUGUACCGCUCGGGCAUGCGCCAGACGGGCCUGUGUCUCCACACCUGUCCUCAUGGGUACUAUGGUGUCCGCAGUCCCGACUUCAACAAGUGCUCAAGAUGUAAAGUCGAGAACUGUGAGCAGUGCUACAGCAGAAGUUUCUGCACCCGUUGUAAGGCACCGUUCCUCUUGUACAAAGGACAGUGCGUGUCCUCCUGUCCAGCCGACCAACCGUACGUGGCCAACCGGACAAGGGAAUGUCAAUAUGCUGACGCCGCUGACGUUGUUGUGCGCAUGCCCACAGUUGACUGUCAGGUAGGUCCCUGGAGCGCAUGGAGCCCGUGCAUGCGCAAUGGGGCGAGCUGUGGGUACAAGUGGGGUGACCAGUCCCGGUCCCGCCAGGUGUGGCAGAAACCGUCGCCGCUGGGACGGCCGUGUCCGGAGUUGGUCAGCCAGACCAGGUGCCUGCUGCAGCCCAGAUUUUGUCCAGUUGUAGGACCAGACGGACUAGUUAUUGACAACCACUCCGAACUGGCCGCACAGAUCAAGAGAGAAAGACGGCGGCGGAAGAGAGAACGGCGGAGAAAAAAGCGGAGAAAAGCCAGAAAGAGGGAGAGAAAGGAAAACAGAAGUAGACUUGGACAGAUAGUGGUACACGACCCUCCGGCGGAGCCGUUAGAGUCGUAGUCAACGUAGGCACCAAGUGUCGCACAGAAGCAAGGUCUAGCCAUAGCUGAUACUAGUCCUAUAUCGCUACAUAUACACGUUUCUGCUGUGUCUUUCCUUAGAUCACAAAGAGGAAAUCACCAUUUGAGUCUUUUCCUAAACCUGUACGUAUUCAAAGUGCUUAAAUGUAGCGAGGGCUUGAUUUAUGUGUGUCUGUAUGAGGUACCGACGAUUUGAGUUUGAAUGUUUAAAAGGAAUCCAUACGAUGUUAGCAGACAUCUGCUCACGAUUUUCAUCGAUAUAGCCAGGAUGUGAAUAUUUGUCGUCACUGUAACUUCCAAAGGCAAAGUGUAGUGCGUAGUUAAUAUGAUUGCUCGUAAUUUAUCUAUGUUGUUAUAUAAAUACCCGGUAGUACCGGAUAGACGACUGAUAUCGAAAUUGAUAACGUUAUAAACGAUCCCCAUGCUGUUCAUGGCAGACCUAGUUUUAAGCAGGAAGACUUUAGGUAAUGCGUAGCUUCUCAUCUGAAGCUGGGUAUACAAGAAAUAGUAUUAGAGAUUGACUUGCAUACAAAAAUACGUAUUGUCAACAUUGUUUUGUUUUACGACUUUGGUAAACGAAGUCUUAGUUACGGGAUAAAAUGUUCCUGACUGGUUUCACAUUACCAAACAGAAAACAGACAAUUAUGUUACAGUCACGAGGGGCGGAGUCUGCAAAACAUGUCAACACAGAGUGACACAGCAGACGUCAAGACUAACAAGAAUAUUACAUCGUAUACGUCUACAGUAGAUUGUGUGUACAGUAUGGUUGUAUAAACAAUUACACAUAGAAAAGUGGAAUGUUUUCCUUCGACUGGGAGAAAUGAUGACGAAGUCUGUAAAGAUGUCAAUAAAAGCUGAAGGAAACGAAA